CAUGGCUCUCUCGUCCUUGUCAAUGCAGUGAUGGACUGUGCUGUUCCCGUUCCGGAGGUCGCGCCAAGAAGCAUCACCAAAACACCGGAGCGGUUACGUUACCGAGCGCCGAUAAGACGCAAGAGAUGCUUGAUAAGAGCCUCUUAUAAGCUCAGAUACGGACACAGGCGGAGGAUGCGUGGAAGCAGUCUGCUCAUAACGACAAGGGAAGGAGUCAAACCAGCUGAUCUCCUCUGACGACACAUAGGUGUGACCCUGGUGUUUGCUCUAAUGGGUCUGAGUUUGUCACGUUGGUUUUGCAGCAGGAUAGCUGACAGCACUCCCUCCUCUCCAUCAGCUUUCCUCCCACUGGCCGUCCCAACCUCCUCUCGCCUCGCGGUUACGUUGAACUCCCCUCCAGUUUCGCCAGGAGACAGUCAUUCACACUGGAGUACAAUCCACCGCUCGCUUCACUUCCAGCUCUCCCCCUGCAAACAGGAAGUGACUCGCUCACCCGCUGAACUUAGCAGCGAUGGCGUGAGGGCAGAAAUAGGAGUGAAGAGCGGGCUUCAUGUCUGGGAGGUGGUGUGGAGGCCCGAACACAGAGGAACUCACGCCGUUGUGGGGAUCUCGAGGCACGACUGUCCUCUGCAGUCCUCGGGGUACAAUGUGUUGGUGGGGGCGGACUCACAGUCCUGGGGUUGGGAGCUCAAAACCAAUCAGCUCUGGCACGGUGGGCAAACUCUGAAGCUUUACCCAGGAAAAGGGAGGAAAAUGAGUCCUGCUGAGGCUGCAGCUGAUUUUAAGUUACAAUCCUCCUCUUCAUCAAACACAAAGAUAGCACAAACACCUCUCCUGAUUCCUGAGCAUGUACUGCUGGUUCUAGAUGCUGAUGCUGGGACUCUGGGGUUUGUUGUUGAUGGCAUCUUCCUUGGCAUAGCUUUUAAGGACCUCCCUCGAGGGGUGGAGCUGUUUCCAGCAGUGAGCAGCGUGAGGGGAGGAGCCUGCAUUCGACUACGCUACAUGAAUGGUUCCACACGAGAUCCUCCAUCCCUCAUGGCUUUAUGUGGACUGUCAAUUCAUCAGUGUUUAGGGCAGAAGAGGCUAAAUCAAAUGGACGAAUUGCCUCUACCCCCUUUUCUCCAGCGCUGCCUGGAUUCCAGUCACUCAACUUCCACACAGACCCAAAAGAGGGACACUUUGGUCAGUUAAUGCAGUUUACCAAGGACUUAGAGUGCUUUCCUUUUUCUGUGAAAUACUGAUGUAAAUACCAUAUGUGCAUACAUUACAGUAUAUGUAUAAAUGUAAUUAUUAUUCAUCUUAUUUAUUACAAAAGUAUAUGUUUAUGGUCUU